GGUAAACUGUCUCUAUCUCCAGGUUCUGUGGUGGGACGUGCGACGUCUCUCAGAGCCCACUGAGCGUCUGGUUCUGGACCUGAGCCGAGAGGGAAACCUGGACCGAGCACUCGGAGCCGUCUCUCUGGAGUUUGAGUCCACCAUGCCGACUAAGUUCCUGGUGGGGACGGAGCAGGGCGUGGUGGUGUCCUGUAACAGGAAGGCCAAGACUCCGGCGGAGAAGAUCGUGAGCUCGUACGAGGGACACCACGGACCCGUCUACGCCCUGCAGAGGAACCCCUUCUUCCCCAAAAACUUCCUGACCGUGGGGGACUGGACGGCCCGCAUCUGGUCCGAGGACAUCAAGGACUCUGCCAUCAUGUGGACCAGUAGACACCUGGAGACAUGGAGAACCA